UUUGGCCCCGCCAUGUUUAAAGGGACACAACCACAUAUAAUAUAUAUACUUUGCAUCAUGGCGACCUAAACAACCCUCUCUUGUUACUUUAAUGGCGCACUAAGAGACAACACAACAACUAAAUGUUCGUCUUGUUGCUUUUAUUCCCUUCCUCAACUUGUUGUUAUCGAGCUCAUGGCUGUACGUAUCAAGCUAACUGUAGCUGUGCUUCUCACUUUAGCUUUGGCGGCAUUUGUUCACUUAAUUACCAGCAAAGUUGGUGAAAGUGCACCGGAGACACAACAACCCCUCCAGUGUGUCAUGUCCCCGGACAGACGCUUCGACUGUGGCCGGGACAGAGUCGUCAGUCAGGGGGAAUGUGAGCAGAGAGCUUGUUGUUACUCUCCACUCACUAACUCUUCCAGAGCUCCAUGGUGCUUCUACCCUCAUGCAUACCCAGGAUACAGCAUGGGGGCCCUGACUCCCACACACCGGGGGCAGGCGGCCACCCUCACCCGGGACAACCCCUCAUACCUGCCCAGAGAUGUCCCCACUCUCCACCUGCAGGAGACACAGGAGUCUGCAGGCUGCCUGCGCCUCACUCUGAAGGAUCCAUGGACACGCAGAUAUGAAGUUGACCUUCCUUCUGGGGUCCCUCAGGGCAAGGCCACUGCCCAAGAUGCCUUAUAUGCCGUUAAGUACCAGACCGAGCCAUUUGGCUUCGUCGUGACACGCAAAUCCAAUGGAAGAGUCCUCAUGAAUACCACAGUGGCACCUUUGCUGUUUUCUGACCAGUACCUGCAGCUGUCCACGUCAUUGGCCUCCUCUCUUGUGUCAGGCCUUGGAGAGCACUACACUCCCCUCAUCUUGGACCUUAACUGGACCUCCCUGACCCUCUGGAACAGAGACAUGGCCCCUCGUGCCAAUGCAAACCUCUAUGGCUCGCAUCCGUUCUACAUGGUCCAGGAGGAGGAUGGACUGGCUCAUGGGGGGUUCCUUCUCAACAGCAAUGCCAUUGAGGUGAUCCUGCAGCCUCUUCCAGCUCUGACUUGGAUCUCAACAGGUGGAAUCCUGGAUCUGUACAUCUUCAUGGGUCCAGAUCCUCAGACUGUUGUACGACAAUACCUGCAAGUCAUUGGGUAUCCCAUGAUGCCCCCUUAUUGGUCAUUGGGCUUCCACCUGUGUCGCUGGGGAUACACAAGCACUAAUGUGACACGGCGGGUGGUACAGAGGAUGCGUGAUGCUAACUUACCCAUGGAUGUGCAGUGGAACGACCUGGACUAUGCAGCUAAAAGCCGGGUAUUCACCUUUGACCCUGUGCGCUUCAGGGACAUCAAAGACAUGGUGGAGGAGUUUCACGGAAAAGGACUGAAGUACAUCCUUAUCCUGGUAAGACAAAGACCAGGGAUCAGCACCGCCAGUCCUCCAGGAACUUACCAACUCGACGACGGACUGAAACGAGACGUGUUUAUAAAAAACGCUACAGGUCACCUUCUGAUCGGGAAGGUUUGGCCUGGUCCCACGGCAUUCCCUGACUUCACCAACCAGACACGACACUGGUGGGAAGACUGUAUUAGGGCUUUUUAUGCCCAGGUGCCCGUGGAUGGAUUGUGGAUUGAUAUGAACGAACCCUCCAGUUUUGUUUCGGGCUCAUUGGAGGGUUGUCCUGACACAGAUGUUGAGAACCCACCUUACACACCGAGGGUUAUCGGAGGUCGCUUAAACUCAGGGACUCUUUGUAUGUCGGCUGAGCAAAAGUUGUCCACUCACUACAAUCUGCACAAUAUGUACGGACUGACUGAAGCCUUCGCCACUCACAGUGCUCUUGUCAAAGUACGAGGGAAGAGGCCAUUUGUCCUGUCUCGCUCCUCCUUCCCGAGCAGACGCUUCUCCGGAGUGUGGACAGGAGACGUUAGGAGCGACUGGGAGCAGCUUCGAUACUCCAUCCCUUCUGUGCUGCGGUUCAGUUUAUUGGGGGUGCCUCUGGUGGGUGCAGACAUCUGUGGCUUCCAAGGCAACACCACAGAGGAGUUGUGCGUACGAUGGAUGCAGCUCGGGGCCUUCUACCCAUUCAUGAGGAACCACAAUGACAGGCCAUACGCUUCUCAGGAGCCGUAUGUGUUCGGACAGAAGGCCCAGACGGCCAUGCGAAUUGCAUUAAACCUUCGUUACUCCCUCCUUCCGUUUCUCUACACACUCUUCCAUCAUGCACACACCUCUGGAGACGCGGUGGCCAGGCCUCUUUUCAUGGAGUUUCCCGCUGACCCCAACAGUCAGAUUAUAGACAGACAGUUCCUAUGGGGGAGUUCCCUGCUCAUCAGCCCAGUCUUAGAGGAAGGUGCUGUGGAGGUUGUAGCUUACCUGCCCCCCUGCACUUGGUACAGCCUUCACAACGGUGAGCCUUUGUAUAGUGGAGGUCAGUUCCUGGUCCUGUCAGCUCCUUUGGACACGAUCAACAUCCACGUGAGGGAAGGACACAUUAUCCCCCAGCAGGAGCCAGCUUUAAGUACGACAACCUCACGCAAAAACCCCUUUCUCCUGACGGUGGCGCUCUCUGCAGAAGGAUCGGCCUGUGGCGACUUGUUCUGGGAUGACGGGGAUAGCAUGGACACCUUUGAAGGAGGAAGUUAUAGUUAUGUAAACUUCACUGCCGCUCAGUCCCAGGUGGUGAGUAACCCCGUUGAGAUGAACGGAACCCUGGAUGGUCUCCUGCUGGGGGCAAUGCAGGUGUUUGGGGUACCCUCGCAGCCGCAAUACGUCGUGGCCAAUGGGGAGAAAGUCAGGGACUUUGUGUACAACAGUGACACAAAGGUUUUAAAAGUGAGCAGCCUGACUCUGCCCAUGUCAAAGAUGAUUACAGUCCAGUGGGCUCCAUGAUAAAGUUAUAUCUAUUACCCAUGAUGCCCUGGGAGGGCUUCUUUUUUAAGGACUGGCACCAACCCAAAGGUUAUUGUGCGCUUAUUCCCAAUAUGGUGACAUGUUGCAGUGCCUGUAAUUGUCCUGUAUGUGCAAAAUUGUAUGUUUUAGAGCAGUGGUGCCCAACCUUUUUGUAGCUACGGACCGGUCAACGCUUGAAAAUUUGUCCCACGGACCG